AUGAAAAAUGUCACCACUUUGACAGAUUUCAUUCUUCUGGGUCUCACUGAUGUCCCUGAUUUCCAGGUUGUUCUUUUUCUCUUUCUCUUUCUUACCUAUGUAUUCAGUGUCAUCAGCAACCUGACCAUUAUCACUCUCUCUAUUAUGGAUGCCCACCUGCAGACUCCCAUUAUUUCUUCCUUUGGGAGUUUUUCCAUCCUAGAAAUUUUCAGUACAACUGUGCUUACUCCCAGGCUCCUACACAGUAUUGCAACAGGGGUCAAAACCAUCAGCUUUAUUGGCUGUUUCAUUCAGUACUUUUUUGCCAUAUUUCUGGGGGCCACAGUGUUUUACCUUCUGGCUGCCAUAUCCUAUGACCGAUAUGUUGCCAUCAAAAAAAACCUGCAUUACACAACCAUCAUGAACAAUAGAGUAUGCCUCCUUCUACUUCUGUGCUCUUGGCUGGCUGGGUUUCUGAUUGCUUUACCAGCAGUCAUAAUGCUAAAUCUUCUGGAUUUCUGUUCAUCAAAUAUAAUAAAUCAUUAUUACUGUAAUACUGCUCCAAUUCUGAAGCUCUCUUGCUCAGAAACAGAUCUGGUAGAGCUGGUUGAUUCUCUUUUUGCUAUAGUAACACUGAUGACCACCUUAGGGUUAGUGAUUUUCUCCUACUCUAACAUUAUCCAGACAAUUCUCAGGUUUCCUUCUGCUCAACAAAGGAAAAAAUGCUUUUCUACCUGUUCUUCUCAUAUGAUUGUCAUUUCCCUUUCUCAUGGCAGCUGUAUUUUCAUAUACAUUAAACCUUCAACAAAGGAAGACUUCGGCUUCCAAAAAGUGACAAGACAUUUUAAGGAUCUCAGAGAAAGCAUGAACUUGAGAACCAGGACUGAUUCUCUUGUCAAGACAUUUAAGAUUAGCAAGCUCAGUAAACCUGUCUGGAAUUGUCAGGAGUAUGUGUCCAGAUCCCUCCACCAGCAGCAUCUCUUCCUGUAG